UAGCGUUGUUUUGUUUUGCUAUUUAGUAUUAUAUUUGUGAAUUUGAAUUUCCUGAAAUCAACAAAGUAUAAUAUUAGUAUAUCAGAUUUGCAAUUAGAAAUAAAAACUUUUUCAAAAUGAAGAUGAAAUUAAUAGAUCCUGUAGUUCGUAGUUUUAAAGUGGCAAAGGUAUUUCGAGAGAAUACAGAUAAAAUUAAUGCAAUAGACUUUUCACCAAAUGGAGAACAUCUAAUAUCUUGCAGUGAAGAUGAUCAAAUCGUAAUUUAUGAUUGUGAAAAGGGAACACAAUCAAGGACAGUUAAUUCUAAAAAGUAUGGGGUUGAUCUAAUACAUUUUACGCACGGUAAUAAUACAGCUUUGCAUAGUUCAACUAAAGUUGAUGAUACUAUACGCUACUUAAGCCUUCAUGAUAAUAAAUACUUACGAUAUUUCCCUGGACAUACAAAAAAAGUAAUUUCAUUGUGUAUUUCACCGGUUGAAGAUACUUUUUUGUCGGGUUCACUGGAUAAAACAUUACGUUUGUGGGAUCUUAGAUCACCCAAUUGUCAAGGUCUUAUGCAUUUGUCCGGUAGACCAGUAGCGGCUUAUGAUCCUGAAGGCUUAAUCUUUGCUGCUGGUGUAAAUUCAGAAAGUAUUAAAUUAUAUGAUUUACGUUCAUUCGAUAAAGGACCAUUCGUCACAUUUAAAUUGAAUCAAGAAAAAGAAUGUGAUUGGACUGGUUUAAAAUUUUCUAGAGAUGGAAAAACAAUUUUGAUAAGUACAAAUGGUUCUAUAAUAAGACUUGUUGAUGCUUUCCAUGGAACACCUCUUCAAACCUUUGCUGGAUAUCCGAAUAAUAAAGGGAUUCCGAUUGAAGCAUCAUUUAGCCCUGAUUCGCAAUUCAUAUUUUCGGGUAGUACGGAUGGUCGCGUUCAUUGCUGGAAUGCAGAUACUGGAUUCAAAGUAUGUGUUUUAAAAGGUGAUCAUCCUGGACCCGUACAAUGUGUGCAAUUUAACCCGAAAUAUAUGAUGUUAGCAUCGGCGUGCACAAAUAUGGCAUUUUGGUUGCCAACUGCUGAAGAUUAAAACCAUAACUGUAACAACUUUUUUAAAAAUAAUAUAAACAUUUUAUUUAAAAAAAUAAA